CUCUACUAGCCCUAGAAGCAGGACUUUUUUCGGCCAUCUUCCCGUGCCGCGCACUGCCGGACCGCCGCCGCCGUCUGCACCCAAAGCAAUACGCCGCCGCGCCGCCUCCCUCCCAGCCGCCAUCUCUUUCCGACGCCGCGGAAGAGAAGGCCGUCCGAGGACAAGCCAAGCACCAACAACCCUUUCCCCUUCCUUUGCCCCCGCACCCGUCCGAUGGGCGAGCGGCUCGCCGGCGCCGAGAAAGAGGUGCUCGUGGAGAUCGUGAGGUUCACCCAGAAGAACGGCCUGAAGGGGGCCGAGGGGGGAUGGAAGGAUUUCCUGGCCCGGAACGACAAGAAGUUCGGCGCCUCCGUCAGCGACCCCAAGAAGCGGACCAAGGACGUGCUGCUCGCGUUCCUUGUAACCUUCUCCAAAGAUUUUCAGAAGUACUUCCGCAAAUUGGUGAGGCGUCACGCUGAACGGAGAGCUAUCGAGCAGUACAUGAAUGAGUUUUCCGGCAAGGUUUCUCCUGAGCAGAAGCUUGUUCAGUUGACGACAGAACACCUUGACUACAGGAAAAACUACUACUUCCCAUCUUAUCAAGAGGGGUGGAAAAUAAUGCGGAUAGGAAAAGUUUCUAGUAGUAUGAACUCUGGAGUCAUGUUGGCAAUUGACUGUGAGAUGGUCCUUUGCCACGAUGGUACAGAAGCUGUCGUCCGAGUAUGUGUUGUAGACAACAAACUGGAGGUGAAGUUGGAUACACUUGUAAAUCCCCUCAAAGCUGUUGCAGAUUACAGGACACACAUCACUGGUGUAUCUAAGAAGGAUUUAGAAGGAGUCACAUGCUCAUUAGUUGAUAUUCAGAAAUCAUUGAAGAAAAUCUUGGCCAAAGGAAAGAUUUUGGUUGGCCAUAGCUUAUAUAGAGAUCUAUAUGCUCUCAAGUUUGAUUACAGUCGAGUCAUUGAUACGGCAUACAUCUUUAAGUAUGCGAAUUUACCUACUACUUCAACAGCUUCUUUGAACAGCCUUUGCAAGUCUGUUUGUGGGUAUUCCGUUCGGGAGGACGGAGAACCACAUAACUGCUUGAAGGAUGCAGAAGCUGCGAUGAAUCUAGUUACUGCAAAGCUCAAGCAUGGAUUUAAUGAUCCCAUCGAAAUUGCGGAGAAUAGUGUACCUGAACCUGACCAGAUGAAGUUGCUUGCUCAUAGAAUUCCAGUGUACCUUCCUUGUCAAGAGUUGCUUAAAAUUUUCUCUGGGAAUCCCAGCAUCGAUGAGAAGAUUGAUUCAAGGAUUCGAGGCGAGUUUUACUCUACGUGUAUUUCUUUUAAUGACAUAGAUGAGGCAGAUAAAGCCUUUGAUGAAUUAGAUGGCCAAGAGACUAAGGACUCCAGUGGACGACUCCAGAAAUCGGUGCUCCUGAAGCGUGACAAUGGAGAUGUCGCGGGCUUCUUUGUCCGGAAGAUGGUAUAUGGUUCCCGACUCAGCAAUUCUGAUGUUUUGAAGAAGAGGCCACAGCCUACUGAGAACACGGAGCAAAAGAAAGAAGAUGCCAAUGGGGAUAAGCGAAAAAGGCAAAGAACUAGCAAGAAGCAUGCGGAGAAAGCAAAGGCACUGGUUGUCGAGUGAAGAGCUUCAGGGGUGGGCUGAUGCUGAGCCCAUCUUGUUACAAAUGGAUGCCAAUCGAUUGUAUGAGGUGUUGUCGGUGAAGGAUUUUGAGAUCAGACACGCUGGAAGCACUGGAUGUUGAGAGGAACAGUUUUGUCAUGACUCAGCAAGCAUUUUUGGUGAUCUCUAACCUCUAGGUCUUGCCCAUCUAGGCGGUUGAUAGCUAACCAAGGAUCAUGAAAUUUUGUUUGCAUGGAAGGGUUUGCUAACUGACUUAAACUUGAGUGUACUUUCACCUGAAUGUGGUAAGGGUUUAGGAAGUCUGCAUGAUCAGACUUUUCUUGCGCCAUGUGAUAUUGCUGUUUACUGGUAGCAUUUGGAGAUCCACUCAAUUGGAGGUUGGUAACAUAAAAAAGUAAUCACUAGCAGGCUAUCAGAAUUUGGAGGUUGGUGGAUUAAUUCCUAGAUAAAAUUGUGGUUGUGUUCAA